AUGGAUGAAGGGCCUUUGGGCAAGGGUGCUGUGGCCACACCAGCAAUGGUCGAGAAAGUCGCUAACGAGAGUCCAAAGAAGACAAGACCAAGGAGACUGUCCUCGCUGAACGAGUUCUAUGACCCUUUCUCCACAGCAGAAGUCUAUUACGGUCCCGCUACCGACCCCAGGAAGCAGAAAAAGAGCUCGACUAAGCUCAACAGGACAAGAACCAUGAGUGUCUUCGACAACACUUCCAUCGCCAAGACCACUGCCAGCUUCGGCCAAUUCCAAUUGAAAAGAAGGGGUUCCGAGGACGACAGUCUAACUGCAAGUCAAGGUAACAGAAAGUUCUUCAUCGAGGAUGUCGACGGCACCCUGGAAGAACUUCUAUCCAGCGAAGACACAGACCGUAAUUAUCAGAUCACAAUCGAAGACACCGGCCCAAAAGUGUUGAAAGUCGGUACCGCUAACUCUGGAGGUUACAAACAUGUCAACAUUAGAGGUACCUACAUGCUUUCGAACCUUUUACAAGAACUUACAAUUGCAAAGAGUUUUGGUAGACACUCCAUCUUCCUGGAUGAAGCAAGAAUUAACGAAAACCCAGUGAACAGAUUGUCAAGAUUGAUCACCAAUCAGUUCUGGAAUAACUUGACUAGAAGAAUAGAUUUGAAUAACAUCGGAGAAAUUGCUAGUGAUACUAAAGUUGACACACCAGAGGCAAAGAACCCUAGAGUCUACGUCCCAUACAACUGCCCUGAACAAUACGAAUUUUACAUUCAAGCAUCCCAGAUGAACCCUUCGAUGAAACUCGAAGUCGAAUACUUACCAAAAGAUAUAACCCCGGAGUACGUAAAGUCAUUGAAUGCAACACCUGGUUUGCUGGCUCUGGCAAUGGAAGAACACGUCAACCCAGCAACUGGUGAGGUGUCCCUAAUUGGUUACCCAUAUGCAGUUCCAGGUGGUAGAUUCAAUGAACUAUAUGGUUGGGAUUCUUACAUGAUGGCACUGGGAUUAUUGGAAAGUAAUAAGGUCGACGUUGCCCGUGGUAUGGUAGAACACUUUAUCUUCGAAAUUGAACAUUACGGUAAGAUAUUGAAUGCUAACAGAAGUUAUUAUCUGUGUAGAUCGCAACCACCAUUUUUGACUGAUAUGGCUUUAGUGGUAUUCAACAGAAUUGGUGGUGAUAAUAACCCAAACGCAAUCGAUUUCUUAAAGAGAUCUUUCAAAGCCGCUAUCAAGGAAUAUAAAACGGUCUGGAUGGCUCAUCCAAGACUAGAUCCAGAAACCGGUCUAUCAUGCUAUCAUCCUGAUGGUUUAGGUAUUCCACCUGAAACAGAACCUACUCAUUUCGAUAGUAUAUUAACGCCAUACGCUGCAAAGUACUAUUGCACAAUUCCUGAGUUCAUUGCGAUGUACAACGAUGGCUCAGUAAAGGAACCUCAUCUUGACGAGUUUUUCUUACAUGAUCGUGGUGUUAGAGAAUCUGGUCACGACACCACUUAUAGAUUCGAAGGUGUUUGCGCAUAUCUAGCUACCAUUGAUCUCAACUCACUGCUUUACAAGUACGAGGUCGAUAUCGCUAAUUUCAUAGAAAAAUAUCAUAACGAUGAAUACCAUGAUCCAUUUGAUGGAACAGUUACCAAUUCUGCUUACUGGCGCGAUCUAGCAGCUAAAAGAAAGGAAAAUAUAACUAAAUAUAUGUGGGACGAAGAGACUGGUUUCUUUUAUGACUACAAUAUCAAAGUGAAGUGCAGGACUAACUAUGAGUCAGCAACUACGUUUUGGUCUUUAUGGGCAGGAUUAGCAACUCCGGAACAAGCAAAAAAGAUGGUUGAAUUAGCAUUGCCGAAGCUUGAAAUGCUAGGUGGGUUGGUUGCUUGUACAGAAGAGUCCAGAGGACCUAUUUCUAUUGAUAGACCUCAUAGACAGUGGGAUUAUCCUUUUGGUUGGGCACCACAUCAAAUACUUGCUUGGGAGGGCUUAAAUGAUUACGGUUACACCUCUGUUGCAACGAGAUUGGCAUACAGAUGGUUAUUUAUGAUGACCAAAGCAUUUGUUGACUAUAACGGUAUUGUGGUAGAGAAGUAUGAUGUUACACGAGGCACUGAUCCUCAUCGUGUUGAUGCUGAAUAUGGUAAUCAAGGUGCAGACUUCAAGGGGGUUGCUAAAGAAGGGUUUGGCUGGGUUAAUACUAGUUACAUAUUAGGGUUGAAGUUCAUGAACAGUCAUGCUAGAAGAGCGUUAGGAGCAUGCAUUCCCCCAGCACCAUUCUUCAAUAGUUUGAAAGAUGAUGAAAAGAGCAUAUAUGGUCUUUAA